AUGCCCAAGGCUGAUCGCCGGGCCAAGCUCGCAGAGCUUCGAGCUCUCCGCCAAUCGGGCAAGAAGGCCUUUGACAAUUACCGCGUGGAAGAUGUGGCAGAUAUAUAUGACGAAGUCGACGAAGAAGGCUACAAGAAAAUCGUCCGCCGGCGCCUCAACGAGGACGACUUUGUCGUGGACGAUAAUGGCGAGGGCUAUGCAGAUGACGGGCGUGAAGAUUGGGAUCGUGUAAGACGCUACGACUCUGACAGCGACCUGGAGGAUCUGCCUGUUCGAGGCAGGUCGAAAAACACAGUGAAAAAGCAGCGGGACGGCAACCAAUCCAAGCAAGACGUCAAUGACCGUAACAUCAGUGACUACUUCACCAAAGGUGCUGGUAAAGAGCAGUCUAAGCCCAAGAUUGUCAAGACUCGGGAAGAUGACGACUUCCUUGCGGAUCUACUGGGGGAAGUUGACACCAAAAUUGCUCCCGCAGCACAACGGCUUCCGAAACCCGAAGGGCCUGGUGACCGCCGUAAACCCAGAGCUUUAUCGCCGAUUCAGGAACCCAUGCACAAGAGACAGAAACGGACUGACACGCGGCUAUCCUCCCCGGUCACUGGCGCUAUUGGAUCUGACGACGGUUUCGCUCCUACGUACGAUGAUGAGAUACAGCCUACCCCUGAUGCCCCCAUGAGCGAUGUUCCUGCAUCAUCACCUGCUGCUAGGAAAGCUGAGCGGAGAGCUCAAACCAAACAAGGGGCCGCAGACGACGGGGAUGACGACAUGAUGGAAGUUGCUCAUGCCGGAGCUGUCGACUUGCCAGGCGUGAAUAUCACCGGUUCCCGUCCGGUGAAGAGGCUCUUGGAUCAAGCUCCUCAAGCGCCGCCGACUACUUCAUCCCCCCAGAAAGCGGUCGAUGGUUCUGUUGACUCUACGUCCUGGAACAGCCUCACUGACAGGCUCAAUGUCAUUCACAAUCCCACCGAGACUCGCGGUAUCGGUAAGAUUGAUCAUAGGGAUGCUGUUGAGAGUGACGGCAGCCUAAAUUUCUUCUGGACGGAUUAUGCCGAGGUGAAUGGCAGCCUUUGCAUGUUCGGCAAGGUACUGAAUAAAAAAACAAGUGGCUACGUCAGUUGCUUCGUCAAGAUUGACAACAUACUGAGAAAGCUUUUCUUUCUCCCACGCCAGCAGCGCUUCAGGGACAGUGAGGCAACAGAUGAAACCAUCGAGAUGAUGGACGUCUACGAAGAAAUCGAUGAGAUCAUGACCAAGAUGAAAGUGGAUGUUUACAAGAUCAAGGCUUGUACGCGCAAAUAUGCUUUCGAGUUGCCUGGCGUGCCGAAAGAAGCGCAAUACAUGAAGUUGUUUUAUCCAUAUACGAAGCCGCAAAUCGAAGCCGUCGCUGCUGGGCAAACAUAUUCCCAUGUGUUCGGAACCAACACAGCUCUGUUCGAGCAGUUUGUUCUCUGGAAGAACAUCAUGGGCCCGUGCUGGCUCAAAAUUCGAGACGCGGACUUUGGGGCGAUAAAAAACGCCUCGCAUUGCAAACUCGAAGUAUUGGCAGAACAUCCCAGCAUGGUCUCGGUUAUCCCGGAUUCGGAUGGCCUCGACGCACCUCCACUCACGCUCAUGAGCAUCGCUCUGAGAACUGCUUUCAACGCCAAGGAGAACAAGCAAGAAAUCCUGGCCAUUAGCGCGAGAGUCUAUGAUAAAGUCUCACUCAACGACACGACGCCGGCUGAGAAGCUCCCCUGCAGGACCUUUACAGUCAUCCGUCCCCAUGGGCAAGGGUUCCCGUUGGGCUUUGACCAACUCGCCAAGAAACGAAACAGAGGAACCAUCGUGUUGAAGAGAACCGAGGCCGACAUUUUGACCUUCUUCCUGGCUCAAGUUGACGUGGCUGAUCCAGAUGUCAUCCUAGGCCAUCAGUUCGAAGGGGUGGACUACAGUGUCUUGCUGAACCGCUUGCGUGAAAAGAAGAUUCACCAAUGGUCUAGGCUAGGUCGUUUUCGCCGGUCCGAUUGGCCUGCCUCGAUCGGCAAAGUCGGUGGCAACGUCUUUGCCGAGCGCCAAAUCAUUGUCGGCCGAUUGCUAUGUGACCUCGCCAAUGACGCAGGAAAGUCGGCCAUGUACAAGUGCCAGAACUGGAGCCUGACGGAAAUGUGCAGCCUGUACCUUUCUGGUGAUAACCGACGGCGGGAUAUUGAUAACGAGGUUGCUUUGAGCAGCUGGGCCAAGGAAAAACAGGGUCUCAUGGAUUACAUCACGCACAUGGAAGCCGACACACACUUUAUCGCCGCGCUGGCUCUCAGCGUCCAGCUUCUACCUCUGACCAAAGUCCUGACUAACCUGGCCGGCAACUCUUGGGCUCGAACCUUGACUGGUACUCGCGCUGAACGCAACGAGUAUAUUCUGCUUCACGAGUUUCAUCGGAACAAGUACAUUUGUCCCGACAAGCAAUCCUUUCGCGGCCGUCAAAAGUUGGAGGACGAGAACGGCGAGGAAAACGGCGGGGAAGGGAAAAAGAAAGACAAGUACAAGGGUGGCCUGGUGUUUGAGCCCGAGAAGGGUUUAUACGACAAGUUUGUCCUCGUGAUGGACUUUAACUCGCUUUAUCCGUCCAUCAUCCAGGAAUUCAACAUAUGCUUCACCACGGUCGACAGAGGCGCUUCAACUGAAGACGACGAUGCGGUCCCGGAAGUGCCAGUAGACCAGGAGCAAGGCAUUCUACCAAGGCUAAUUGCAACCCUCGUUGGCCGCCGUCGCCAGGUCAAGGGGCUUAUGAAGGACAAGAACGCCACUCCCGAGCAACUAGCGACUUGGGACAUCAAGCAGCUGGCUCUGAAGCUGACGGCAAACUCCAUGUACGGAUGUUUGGGCUACACGAAAUCCCGAUUUUACGCCCGGCCGCUGGCUGUGCUCACUACGUUCAAAGGCCGCGAGAUCCUGAGGAGCACGAAAGAGCUCGCGGAAAGCAAGUCCCUACAGGUCAUCUAUGGCGACACUGAUUCCGUCAUGAUCAACGCCAACGUGGACACGGUGGCAGACGCCUUCAGAGUCGGCAACGAAUUCAAAAAGGCCGUCAAUGACCAGUAUCGGCUGCUGGAAAUCGACAUUGACAAUGUGUUUCGACGCAUCCUGCUCCAGGCAAAGAAGAAGUACGCCGCCAUCAACCUCAUUGAGAAGGAUGGCAAGUUUGUGGAGAAGAUGGAAGUCAAGGGUCUCGACAUGAGACGGCGAGAAUACUGCGCCUUGUCCAAGGAGGUUUCCAAGCAUCUUCUAGACGAAAUCCUGUCCGGGGAGGAAGCCGAGGUGUCGGUCGCGCGCAUUCACGAGUACCUUUGCGAUAUUUCGAGCAAGAUGCGAGAUCAGAGCAUUCCCGUGGCCAAGUACAUCAUUUACACGCAGCUCGGCAAGGGCCCCACGGAGUAUCCCAACGCCGACUCGAUGCCGCAAGUCCAAGUCGCUCUGCGCGACAUUGCGCGGGGCAAGACGGUGCGCAAGGGAGACGUGGUGUCGUACAUUAUCACGGGCGACGGGAAGAGCUCCUCCGAGCCCGCGCCGAAGCGGGCCUUUGCCCCGGGAGACGUCAAAGCAGACGGCUCGCUCUUGCCGGACGUCGAGUGGUAUCUGGGAAAGCAGAUCUUCCCGCCUGUGGAGCGGCUUUGCGCAAACAUUUCGGGCACUUCGACGUCGCAGCUGGCCGAGCAGCUCGGCCUUGACAUCCGCCGCUACAGCUCUCAUCCGGCGCAGCAGGGCGGCCGCGCGGAUGACGUCGAGAUCCACCCUCUCGAAUCCCAGAUCCCCGACGAGGUCCGGUUCGGCGACUGUGCCAGGCUGUCUCUGCGUUGCCGGAGAUGCAAGCUCGCCGCCGCCUUUGAGGGCUUGGUAGCGUCGUCGCCCGGAAGCGUCUCGUCGUCGGGCGUGCUGUGCAGCGGGUGCGGCGCCGUCAUUCCCACGCUGUCCAUUGUCGCGCAGGUAGAAUACGCCAUCCGGCAGGAAACGUCGCGCUACUACGAGGGCUGGCUCGUGUGCGACGAUUCGCAGUGCGGAAACAGGACGCGCCAGAUGAACGUGUACGGCACGCGCUGCCUGGGGCCCAAGGGACUCGCGCGGGACUGCCUGGGACGCAUGCGGUUCGAGUACACGGAAAGGGCCAUUUACAACCAGCUGGUGUACUUUGCCAGCCUGUGGGACGUGGACAAGGCUCGGGCCAGGGCCAGCGACACGAACGACUCGGCCCUGUCGCGGCAGGAUCGCGACAGGAUCCUGGCACUUGGGGAGCACAACCGCGUGAGAUUCGGAACGGUAAAGGGUGUGGUCGACAAGUAUUUGGAAAAGUGCGGCCGGCAAUGGGUGGCCAUGGACACUCUGUUUGCCAAGCUGGGGUUCAACAAGCCAUCUGCCGUGCCGCAAGGAUGA